GGAUGUUUAUCUGCAGGUGAAAAAUAAUGGUUUGCUGGAUGCUCAUUUGUCUGAUAUUUGCAUUAGCACAUCUGCUGCACCAACUUACCUUCCGGCCCACAACUUCGAAACCAAGGAUUCUGAGGGAAAGCUGAGAGAGUUCAACUUAAUUGAUGGUGGCGUUGCAGCUAAUAAUCCGGCAUUAGUUGCUAUGGGAGAAGUAACAAAGGAGAUUUUCAAAGGGAACCAAGAUUUCUUUCCAAUUAAGCCCACAGACUAUGGCAGAUUUUUAGUGAUCUCAAUAGGAACAGGCACACAAAAGAACGAGGAGAAGUUUGAUGCUAAAGAAGCCAGGAAAUGGGGAAUUCUAGGUUGGUUGUUAAGUGGUGGCUCAAAUCCAUUAAUUGACGCCUUUACUCAAGCAAGUGGGGAUAUGGUUGAUAUCCAUCUAUCUGUGGUCUUCCAAGCCUUGCAUUCCCAAUCUAGAUACUUGCGCAUUCAGGAUGACACAUUAAGCGGAACCAUUUCUUCUGUCGAUAUCUCCACAAAGAAAAACUUGAAUAGUCUCGUUAAGAUCGGCCAAGAGAUACUUAAAAAACCUGCUAUCAGGACAAAUCUUGAGACAGGCGUUUGUGAACCGCUGUCCGAAGAAACCAACGAGCAAGCUCUUACAAGAUUUGCUAAGAUGCUGUCUGGAGAACGAAGGCUUCGAGAGAUGAGAUCACCGCUCACUAAAGCUAAAGAGGAGAAAAAAUAUUAUCUGUAGCUGAAUUUGAUUCUUUUAUAGCAAUUGUAUGCCAUGGCUUGAUGUUACCAAGAAAAAAUAUGUCAUGGCUUGACAACAAUAAGUUGACUCUGUUCUCAGCAGAAUUCAAUAACGUAUGAACGUAGUAUCAAUGUUUCUUUUUUAAAAGUUUAUCAUCAAUGAUUCUGUUAAAUACGCUA